GUUGCCGCCAGCGCGGCCGCAGGGACUGCUCCUCGCAGUGGGACCGACGCACCGGGCCUGGAGCUGGCGCUGGACCGCUGCCUGGGCGCCCUCAGCGCUCCCGCGAGCCCGGCGCCCGCGGCGGCCACUUGCGCGGCGGGGGCCCCGCCGCUCUGCGCGCUGCUGCCGCCGCCUGCCUGGGCCGCCCUGGCGGUGCUCCUGCUGCUCGUGGGCUUCGCGCUCGGGGUGGCCAGCCGCGGCUGCUGCGAGCCGCGCCCUCGGGCCCGCUCGCCGGCGGGCGCGCGCCUGCGGCCGGGCGCCUACACGGGCCCCGCGUCGCCGCUGGCCCUCGGGGCCAGCCCUAGCGCCGCCGGCGUGCCCCGGGCACUGGACGUGCCCAACCCCCAGGUGCUAAUCGAUUUCUUCGACGACCCCAACGCGUUCUUCUGGCAUCAUCGCCUCUUGCAGACCGACGGCAAGGGGAUGUGGACGGCCGUGACGCCCACAGGGUCCGUACAGGUGCUGAAUCUCGGCCUGCACAGCGCGCUGCCUGUCGAUCGGAAUGAGAUCAUCCCGCCGCCGUAUCGGGACGAGUGCUUCAUCUUCGACCCCUUCACGGCCGCCGAGCUCGCCGAGUUGGUGAGACGGGGUCGCAUGCUGGCCGCGGUGCACGGCAUCGCCCCCAUCGGCAGCACGGCCCCCGACACGGUCUGGCGGAUCGCGGACCCGGCGCGCGCGGCUUUCGCGUCCGCGGCGCCCGAGGCAGCGAUCGCCGAUCCCGCCUGCUUCGUCGCUCGCGGGCCGAGCAGCUUGGCGAUGGUGGACGGCGACGGGCACUGGGUCCAUGCCGAGGCGGUCGGGGUGGACCGUGAGGAGUCCUGGCGCCUGGACAAGGUCUCUGCCUUCGGCCGUGAUCUUCGCGCGACGGGCCUCGUUCGAGAUCGUCGUGGCGUGCCCUUCAUCUCGAGGGAGGGCGCUCUGACCCGCUUCGAGAACACGAGGAUCGAGCACUUCCCCUUCGCAGGGCCUCGGGUGGCCGCGGAGUUCCUGCAGAGCUUGCGGGCCCAGGGCCAGUCGCUCACGUCUCACCGCCGCGAGUGGUCCAGGCAGUCGGGCGUCAACGUGAACGGCGCCGCGGCUCGCCAGCACUUCUUCCUCUCGGAGGUGAUCCGCUGGGAAGUGCAGUUCGACCAGCUCGACGUCUCGAUGCUGGCCAGCACGGAGCUCCGGAUCCGCCGCCUCGUGCAGAUAGAGGCGGCGGCCCGCCGCAACCCCAAGGUCACCGUUUUCACUGGGCUGGACGUCCUGAUGAGCGCGUCCACCGACGGGGGCGGAGCUGCCACGACGGCGGCGUUCUCUCAGCGGGUCGAGGGCCGCCAGAAGGAUCAAGCUACCAUCGCGAAGCAGGGCCGCCUGCUCCGCGAAGAGAAGGACGCCGAACGGAAGCUGGCCGCCGACCCAAAGAACAAGGGCAUCGCGCAGCUGCUCGAGCUGCCUCUCGCCGUCGGGCACGGCGUGCUGGAAGCCUUGCUUGAGCUUCUCAAGACCACCGACUUAUACGACACAGAGCCACAGGGCCUCGGGGUCUUCGACGCUGAUCGCUUGAAGGUCUUGAAGCGCCCCACCAACCCCAAGCCGCUGGAGUCUGUGCUGACGGGCCACGCGCUCACGCAGCACCUCGAGUCCGAGCGGCAUCUGGAGCGUUCCGCCGCCGAGGUGGAGGCGCGCAUCCAGGACGGGCUGAGCACCCCAGUGAAGCCGUACUGGGACCCGAAGCUCCGCUCCUCUCGCAGCGCCCUCUUCGACCUCUUGAAGGGCCUGCUGGCCUGCGGGCUGGACGGACUCCGGACCUCGAUCAGAGCCCGCAUCGCAUUGUUCUUCCGUGCCAAGAAGGACGGGUCCCAGCGCGUGAUCGUGGACGCGCGGGAGGCGAACCAGCUCAUGCAGGAGCCCCCGCGCGCGCAGCUGGGUGGCCCCGGCGCCCUCCGCGACCUCGACCUGAGCGAGGCCGCCUUCGAGGUCGCGGGCUGCGAUCCGCGGGCCGCCGACAUUCACAUCGCCAGCCUGGACCUGUACCAGGGCUUCUACCAGUGCCGGGCCAAGCGGCUGGGACGCCGGUUCGGGGUGGACGCGGAGCGCGACCUGCCCGUCCACAGCGACACCACGCUGUACUUCGUCAUGGAGGUGCUCUGCAUGGGCUUCAGCUGGGCCCUCUGUUUCUGCCAGGCCAUCAUGGGGGAUGCCGCCCUCGCUGCCGCGGGCCCUUGCACCCGGGCCCCUGGCCGCCCCCGCCUUCCGCUAGGCGGCCUGCUGCGCGAGGGCGCCCCCGUGCCCCUUGUCGCUCCCGGUCGCCCUGUCUUCUCGGAAUACGUCGACAACGGCACUGUGAUAGGCUUCAACCGCGAGGGCACCGAGCGCGGCCUCGACCUGCAUCUGGCUCGCUUGGAGGGCAUGGGGUUCCUCGUCCACGACAUCGAGCGGACGCAGACCGCUCUCGCGAAGUACACCUGGCUGCCCUACCUGGCCCUGGGUCGCCUCAUCGAGCAGGGCGGGUGUCCUGGUGUCGCCCUCGAGCGCGUCGUCGGCCACCUCGUGAACCACUUCCGCCUGAUGCCCUGGGGCCUCUCUGCCUUAGACCACUGCUACCGCUUUCUCCAUCGGCACAGCCGGCGCGAGUGGGGCUGGUUCAGCGCGGCCCUGACCGAGGAGCUCCGGGUUCUGAAGAGCCUUGCGAAGUUGGUCGAUGUGGAUCUGGCGGCGCCCCGGGCGCCCAUCGUGUUCUCGGGCGACAGCUCGACCUUCGGCUACUCGCUCUCCUUCACGCGGGCGCCCGCCGCCGACAUCCUGGACGCCGACCGCCUGCGCGAUCGCUGGGGGUUCAAGCUCGAGGAG